AUGUACUGUGAAGUUGUCUUGAUGUGCUCAGUUCAGUCCAGUCUCCGCUGUCAUGGCUUGGUGUGAUCGUGGCGUUCAGAUUGUUUCGACGAGCCUGGGCGCGUUCGUAGCGAUCAGCUUGAUGACUGUCGCGAUCGGAACCGACUUCUGGCUCUACUCUAGAGCUCACAUCUGUAACACGACCAACGCAACAGAUGAAACCCACACCUCGCAGCAGCCAAAGAAAACACGAGGCGAUCUCACGCAUUCUGGACUUUGGAGGAUCUGCUGUAUCGAAGGGAUCAACAAUGGGAGCUGCUAUUGGAUCAAUCAUUUUUCUGUGGAUAAUGACUAUGACACAGACAGCUCAGAGUAUCUCCUCCGAUUAGUGCGAGCAUCCAGUCUCUUCCCCAUCCUGAGUACCAUCCUACUUCUUUUGGGGGGACUUUGUGUCGGGCUGGGCCAGAUUUAUAGCAGCAGGAAUAACAUUCUCUUGAGUGCAGGAAUCCUAUUUGUAUCUGCAGGCCUUAGCAAUAUCAUCGGCAUCAUUGUUUACAUCUCCAGUAAUGCCGGAGACCCUAUUGAUAAGAAAGGAGAAGAUAAGAAAAACCUGUACAGCUAUGGAUGGUCCUUCUACUCAGGUGUACUCUCCUUCAUUGUGGCGGAGGUCAUCGGUGUGUUGGCUGUCAACAUCUACAUUGAAAAGAACAAAGAGGCUCAUUUCAAACACUUUGAGUUUGUUAAAACUGUCCCUUCCCCUUCAUCCUCUCCCUACACAAGCAUUCCAAGUUACCAUUACAGACAACAACGGUCUCAGUCCUGUUCUCAGUCCAGAGAGCCAUCUAAAAACACUUCCCUUGCCACACUUAGCAUCACCGGCUCCUCACUGCCUUUGGGGGACAUUUUAAUGUAUACGGUGGGGAGAGAACAUCCACUAAAGGCAGGUUCUCUGGCGUCCUAUAACACUGAUUUUGAACAUCCCAACUUUCUGCAAGUCCACAACCGUGUUUCUAAAGAUGUGAAGGACAGCCUGAAUCGCAGGAUCACUCCUGUGUAAAAAUGCAGUUUGCAGUUACGUGAUGCAUUUAUAAUUAUUUACAGUUUUACUCAAUCACUUUGGUUCAAUUCUCAAAUGAGAAUUAUUGAUUUCUUUUAUUUCGUUCAAAACAACAGCUCUCUGAACAAUUAGUUCCCUUUCAGUCGGUCACUUUCGAUGUCACAUCGAUGUCCAACAAUUGGGGAUCUCUCUAGAGAGACUAAUCUACUUUGAGUGUAAACUAAACAAGCCAAUGCAUAUUGACAUGCAAUGAUUGCAUCCGGCUGCCGUAUAAAUAGGCAGCAGGUACAACGCAUACUCAGCUUUUCACUUUGGAGCUGAGCGGUAUCAAUCGUUCUGCUCUUACCAUGCCUCUUCUGUGAACGAGACGAGUUCAGCUCACUCCAAGGGAGCUUCUUUGUGUUGUUGGAACAGCGCUACAGCAGUAUUUGUUUUCCUGUGUCAGAGUGGAUUGCCCACAUCAGGCUGCACUACCCCCUGUUUGUGUUGCAGGCGGCCAUCUCCCUUGUGUGCUUCAGCAUGCUAAAAGGGCCUUUUUCCCUAAAACAGCAUUCACAUUCACGUUUCUGGAUGCAGUCAUUACCUGACGCUGGGUGAUGGUUACGAUCGCUGCCUCACGUUCCUGGGCAUUAAGCACGCUGAGUUUGCGCUUGUGGAUGAGUCAUGUUCUCAUUGCGGGAACACGACCAUCCCAGAGUUGCGGUGCCUUUGCCUCGAUUUAGUUCUCUUCCUGGCAGAAGUCAGGGGAGGACUACUUCAGGCAGUAGCUCGUGCUAUCUGAGGAUCACAGUGACGGCUACCCCUCCGAGGCUACAGCUGCUGCCUCCACCCGUCCGCCGGCCGCAGCGGGCAGCAGUGGGCGGUUCAAGAGCACUAUCAAAGGCCCUACUCACGCACCCUCUGCCCAAACGUGGAACCUGGUAAAUGUUGCACUGCACACUCAGACCUCGCUUUGGAC